AUGUUACAAAAUUCUUUGGAUUCUCCCUGUAAAAAGGGUUAAGAAAGUCUGCUAAUUAAUACAAGAGGAAUUGUAUCAAAAUAAAAUGUCAUAUAAAUUUUGGUAUUUUAUAUUUUGCAUUCGCUUAUUGACCUUGCUUUAUUGAUUCAGUAUCCUCAUUAUUUACAAUACAUUAUACCUAAACUCUCUAUAAGUAUCUUAAUGACUAUCAUAAUAACAUUAUUUUAGAAAAAACUAACUCAUAUGAUAAUCAAUAUUUUUUUGGUUGUGGUAAAAUUAAAUUCAAUUCUUUUUCUUUUAUUGAUUGGAUAAGAUUAUAUAUUAAUAGUAGUAUUAAUUUGUGAUCACAAUUAUUACCCAUCAAAUUUAGAAAACUUCGAAUAUUCUGUUCAAAAAAUCAUCGUAAAAAUCGUGUGUUUAGUAAUAAUGAUAAUUGAGUUUAAAAUAAUGGAUAUUUUUAUAUUAGCAAGUGUUUUAUUAUAGGAAAUAUACAAAUUAGGUUUAUUUUUAAAAUAAUCAAAAAAUUAAAAUAUUGGAGAAUUAUUUAGCUCUUUUUAAAAUAAAAUUAAUAGAGAAACAUUAACAAUAUUUUCUAAAGAAAACACAUGGAUGAGUAGAAUAUCUACUCUUCCUAUAUGUUUCAUUAUGAUUUCAAAAAAAGAUUUGAAAUUAACAUAUAAAAACCAAAAUGUUUAUACACAUUUUUCAACAAUCUGUAAAACUGAGGAAGAAUAUGAUAAAUUAAUUCUAAAUUAAUUGGAAUUUUCUAUUAUUUCAGGUAUAUUUUAAUUUAACAAUAUAGAAUAUUUUGAAGAUCAAAAUAACAUAGCUACAGAUUAACAUAUAAAAAAGAACAGAUUGAGGAAUCAUUUAACCACAAAAAAACUUAAUUAAAAAUUAAAUGAUUUCUCUGAAUAAGAAAGCUUAAAUCCAUAAUUUAAGGAAACCAAUAAAUUACUUGAAAUUUUAGAAAAUUAUAAAGAAGGUAAAUUAUGGGAUACUAUGAAUUCUAUCAACAAUUCUUUAGAACUAUUUUGUUAACAUUUUUGGGAAGAUAAUAGAUGCUCAACUUAUAGUGGGUAAAUGAUUAUCAAUCAAGAUGAUGAUGAAAUUAUUUUAACAUUGAUUGACAUAUCUAAACAAAAUAAGUAUUAUGAUGAGAUGAUCAAAGAUUAAUUUAAGACUUCAGUAAAAUAUUUAUUUAUUAUAAAAGAUAGCUCAAUCCUUCUCACAUGAAUUAAGAACUCCUUUAAAUAGUUCCUGUAACUUCUUAUAAUAUUGUUUGAAUCAUAAAGGUAUAGAAGAAGAUUUAAAAAACAAUUUCAUCUAACCUGCUAUUAAUGCAUUAAGAUUGUAAUCCUAUUUGAUUAAUGAUAUUAUUGAUUUUAGUUCAUUAUGUGCAGAUAAUUUGGAAUUGAAUAUUAAAGAUUUUCUAAUUAAGGAUUUAGUAGAUGAAAUAAAUAAAUUAUUUAAAUCUGUAAUAGAAAUGAAAAAUUUAAUAUUGUAUGUUGAUUUAUUGGAGAAUCAAUUAAAUAGUUUAUGUACAGACUUUUCUAGAUUAGUCUAAAUUAUUGUUAAUAUCUUAUAGAAUUCUAUUAAAUACUCAAAUUCUGGAUAUAUUCUUUUGAAAUUAACCUCUUUUUCAUAAAAUUACUUAAAGAUUACUAUUAAAGAUGAAGGAUUUGGAAUAGAAGAAGAUAGAUUAAUAAAAAUACAUUAAAUGUUAUUGGAUGUUGAAUAAAAAUAAAACUUUUCUUAAUAUUAAUCUUGGCAUGGAUUUGGUUUGUUGAUUUCAUCCAUGUUAUUAUCAAAACUAUGUCCUGCCGAUUAUAAAUCACUAUUAAUAAGAUCUGGAGGAAGUGGAUAAGGAACUAAAGUUACUUUCUAUAUUUAGAAUCAUAAAUUAAGUCAUUCAUCAUCAAGUGUUCAUUAUAAGGAUAAGCCAAUAAGAUUUAAUAGUAAACUUAGAUAAAGUAAUCUUUCAGGAUCAAAUCAUCAUAUGUCACUUAAUGGAACACUUAUCUAAAUUAGUGAUUUAUUCGUUUCUAAUAGAAAAGUUAAUAUUAAUACUCAAUUUGUAAAAAAAGUAACUUUGAAAUCUGUAAAAUCUAAUGAAAAUUCAAUUUUCUCAGAUAGUAUAAUUAACUUAGAUUAAGAUUUAUAAAUAUCUGAAUUGCAUCACUUAUAACCUUUUUUAUUUACAGAAAAUGCUCAUUAAAAAUCUAAAUUAAGUAAAUAGGAUUAAUCUCCAAAAAGUAAUCAUCAAUAAACAAAAAUUGUAAGUUAUAAAUAAUUAAAGCUUUAAGAAGAUUAAGAUAGUGAAUAAUAUUUAAAAACAAUUAUGAGAAAGAAGAAAUGUACAUGUAAGAAAAUAUUAUCAGUAGAUGAUGAAAUUUUUAAUUAAAAAUCUAUAUAAUUCUUAUUAACUUAAUAAGGAUUUGAAGUCUUUCUGGUAUUAUUAUUAAUUAUAUAAAAGGCAUUCAAUGGUUAAGAAGCAAUUGAAAUAGUUUAAAAAACAUAAAAAUGUAAUAAUAAUUGUAGUUUAUUUUUAUUAAUUUUGAUGGAUUAUUAAAUGCCUAUAAUGAAUGGAUUAUAAGCCACUAAGUAAUUGAGAUUAAUGAUGGAUUAACAUUAAAUACCAUACAUACAUAUUAUAGGAUUAACAGCAUUUAAUAGUAAGAAUGAUAUUCUUAUGUGUUUAAAUUCUGGUAUGAGUGAUGUAUUAACAAAACCAUUGAUAAUAAAAGAUCUUUUUGAAAUAUUGCAACUAAUUUGA